AUGCUGAAAAAGUCGACUACCUGGCCAGAAGCCGAAAAAGCUGAAUACCGACAAGGAAUGCAAAUGACCUGCAUGUCCCCAGAAGAGAGUGAGGAAGAAGAAAACUCCUCUGAUUCUGACGAGGAACAACCACAGAAAAAAGUCCUCAAGGUCCGACCGCAUAGGAUCGAAAACAUAACCGAAAAAUGAGCGACCGAGCAAGGGCAAUGAUGAAGAAAAGAAAACAUGGAGAGACCAUCGUGCAGCAAGCACCAGAAAAUGUACCUGCCUGGAUGGUAAAAACUGUCGAGUAACUGUUGCCUACGUAACCUUUUAAUUAUCUUUUUCAUAUUGCACUGUUAGAUUUUUGGCACGCAAUUAAUUAAGGCAUUGCUUAGUACGAGCAAGUUUCCCUUGCUAAUUACAUUAAUUGCUCACGUCAGGUACACCACAAAUUGUUCACUAUCGCCGCAUACUUACGUUAGCCACAUAUGAGCGUUGAAGAAAGACAUUUUGACCUGUUUAUAUUUUGUUUGUAUAUGUAGCUUUUAAAAAAAUUAUCAUGAAAUUUAUUAUUUGCUUACUCAUAAAUAUGGCUUGGGGUGACAAUACUUGAAUUGUUAGUCGCACAUGCACACGUGUAUGAACAUGCAAGUAUAAACCUCUCAAGAAACUUCUCAAGGAAAACUUGCUCAUCUGUAUUAGUUUAAUAGGGGCGUAUUAUAAAACAAAUAAAAAAUAUUGUGUUUGGAACGAAAGUUGGAGGCGUACCAGGAUUUUUGAUCGGGGGCAGCACAAACCUAGGUGGGGCCAGGCUUCACUUAUUAUUAUAGAGUAAAUUUCCUCAUGGGUGCCAAAUUUUACCAGUGGGUGGGGAGGGCCAACCAUCUCCCACCCUGCCUACUCCUCUGACGAAGGUGAUUGAAAUGCCUACUGAACAAUAUCAUAGGUUGUUUCAAGUUCAAACUGCUCAAAUAGUGUGGUUUCAUGAGUUCCUGUGGUCAGUAUAUAUACCUAUAUUCAUGCAUGACAUACGUAUGCAGUACAGGGUGUUCCAAAAAGUAUACCUUUUGAAAUCAAGCCUUUCUAGGAAUUUGAAUGCCUUAUUACUAAGCUAAAUGAUCGGGUGGACAAUUGAAUCGAGUUUUAUGCAUAUGUAAAUGUGAUUUGAGUUGAGUUUUAGUAUUAUUUUCAUCUUUAAAACUCUUUUGCCCGUGGUCAGUUGAGCCAUUUGUGUUCGAGCUAGCGUUGCGACUGAUUUGUAAGGUACACCAGGGCAGUACGAGAAACUCUGGAAACGAGGAUGGGGUUUACCAAUAAUGCUCAUGCAUUCAAAUUGUUACAACAGGAACAUUUCAAAAGGUAUACUCUUUCGUGACACCCUGUACAUGUAUAUAUGAACAGGCAUUAUCUGUGACUGGUUAGUAAUUAUGACAAACUAUAGAAAUCAUAUUUCUAAAGAACGAAUGGUAAACUCUAAACACUCAUCUCUUUUGUUUUUCGUGACGAAAAACGAGUUCAGAAUAUGUAGGUACUUAACGCAAGUAGUCCUAACUGUGUGCAGGUAGAACAGCAAAUGUUACGUAUCGCAUGAUCGAAUUAAGAGGCCUGAUUUAAUAAACAUAAAACAACUAAUGGCACAAUGCUUUUCAGCGCGUCUCAAAACAUUUAUCAUUUGCUUCCAGCCCAGUUUCAGAACGUGCUUUUCAUGUGCUGAUUACUGGACAGCUUACUGAAUUGACUGCCUUAAUUGCACUAAAGUCGAAUCAUAUAUUUAAUCAUUAAUUGUUUCAGUAAAUAAAAAUGACGCAUUCUAAAACUGGCAUAACUGCAGGCUUUUAUGGACGUUUUUCCUUUAGAUAGUUAUUGCACGAGAUACUUGUUAUUGCAAUUAUAAUUAUGUUACUAAUCUUUAGUUUAAGUGCCUUUCAUGUAAAAUAAUAAACUGUUAUAAUCUACCUUUUUUGCAAUAAUUAAUAUUUAAUGAUUUAAAAGUUCACUUGCCUUGAUUUGUACAUUUUUUUGUAUACCUAUACUUUCUUGGUGGUCAAUUAUAUGUGUGCUGUUAACAUUUAAAUGUACACGCAACCAAUAUUCUAAGAUUAUAUGUUAUACAGGGUGUAUAAAAAAGGCCAGUCUUUGAAAUUCAAAUUAGUCAUAUUGUAUUGAAUUUAUAAUUAUGACUAAUUUGAAUGUAAUUAUGACUAAUUUGAAUUUCAAAGACUAGCCUUUUUUAUACACACUGUAUGUACUGUCAUCGACACCAAAUUUGCAAAAUGCGAAAGUGCACAUGCAAGACUAUUAAAUUUGCAAUAAUUUGACAAUGAAUUCACAAUGUCAUCGACACCAAAUUUGCAAAAUGCGAAAGUGCACAUGCAAGACUAUUAAAUUUGCAAUAAUUUGACAAUGAAUUCACAAUCAUAGCAAAUAUCUAAAAUGUUCUCAUAUUGGCACCAUGUGUGAUUUAAUUAGCGAUUUCUACCUUCUCAACAACUACAAAUUUAAUUUGCAAUAUGUGUGAAUUUAUAAAAACACACUAAAUUUACAUCAAAUUUGCACUAUGUGGCUUGACAGCAUCUGCUAUCCAGCACCGGGUGCAAAGUUGAACCCAAUUUAUAAAUUUGCAUGCAUGCAAAUUUGAUCAAAGGUGUGCGAUAUUGGUCUUCACAUCAAAUUUGCACAUACAUUUGCACAUGUGCAAAUCUAAUAUUUCGUCCUGUGUAAUAACGUAUUGGUAUGUUUUUAAUAUACAUUUAUACAUGCCUUUAAGGUUAUUCUUCCCAGCAUCACCGUUGUCAUCAAGCAACCGAAACAGACAACUUGGUACAUGUUUAGCCAUUGCACACAGUCUGCGUGAAAGGAGGAAGGCUUGUCGAAACCCUGUUUUUUAUAUUUCUUCCUCUUAUAGGGUUGUCUCGCGAACAGCAAGCUCGACCCACUGUGACUCGACCCAGCGCGUCCAAUGCUUUUCAAAGAGGUCUCUAUUCACAUUAAAACUACUUUAAAUCUUCAUUUUCAAUGUUUUUAUUUUAUUUUUAUUAAAAUUUAAUUAGACUUGAAUAAAUUCCGGUCUUUUUUGCUUCACACAUCCUGUCACCCCCCCACUUAAUUUAAUUUAAUUUCCGGUUCAAUUCUUGUUUGUUGUUUGUCGCCAUAUUUUGACAGUCCUUUUGUUUUAAUAAACUAUAUUUGUUCUUCUUAUACUGUUAUUUAACCUUGUUGAAUUUAUAAAUUUACAUGUAAUACUGACGAAUGUUUUAUCUUUUUAUCUUUUGUAGAAAAUACAGAGAGACCCGUAGCUGCUGCUAUGGUCAAUACUCAUCAUACUCAUACUGUCGAUACUGGUACUCACAUUGCAAAAUUGCAGUCCGAUGUGGCUGCAAUGAAACAGACACUCUCUGCCAUGAGCGAAGUCCAAGAUGAGAUCGUUUGUUGGGUCAAAAAAAAUUAA